CCAAAACCAAGGAAAUCCCCUAGAUUGAGUGACAAGUCUGAUCACUCUUUGAACUAUGGUACAUUGGCGGAAUUAAUUAGGCGGCCCACACACUCUUGCUCCUGCGCUCAUUUUCAAUUUUGCGGUGACGUGAGGUUAAAUCGCGCCCAACCUUUACCUGCCUCGCGAAGUCACCACCACCGAAUUUUCUUCCCCGUUACCUAAUACACAUUCACCAACCACUCCUCCCUUCCUUACUCUCUCAUCCUCAAAUUAUAUAUACCUAGCGCUUAUAGAAACACGACUCAGCGACGCGCUUUCCAUCAUGAACGGAGGAACGACCAUCGUCGUCUCGCUGUUUCUCCCCUACACGAUUCAUUUCGAGCAUGAGUCCCCUCCUCCUCCACGUUCGAGUCUGCCUCGACGCACGCAAACCCAGGCGGACCGUAAAGACUCAUCCUUCGACCUUAGUGGGCAGCAGCUAGCUAGCCUUCUCUCUGGAGCUGCUAAAGCUACACCCACGCCACCGAGGACGCCAGCUGCUACUGCUACUACUGCCGAAUUCUUCACUCAGGUCCAGCCAAGCGCAGCCACCUACUUCCCGAGGCCCAACGACCCAAGAACUUUAGUUCGCAGUGACUCCCACAUUCCAGAAUGGAGCGGCAGCGGGCUUAUCUUCAACCAACCGUCAUCUACUACUGACCCUGGUCUACAAGAGACCAUUCUCGAGGAUCCUUCCGCUGCUCCAGCGGGAAGGGCAGGGCGGAACCUAGUACCACGAAGUAGGACCCAUAACUCCAGAGACCAGAGCAAAGAUGCACGCUGGGACAAACCGUGGGAACUUGUGCCUUCUCCUCAGGGCAAUGGAGGGCUCAACAACGCCAUCCGAGCUGCAAUCAACACUGGAUGUCUCAAGAAUGUUUUGACCGUUGGGCUGAUUGGGUUCCCCACUGACAAAGUCCCUGUCGAAAAGAGGGACGAGAUUCAUGAGAAGCUUGAGUCAGAGCAUGAUGUCCUCCCCGUCUUUGUCAGUGACAAGGAUUAUGCCGGACAUUAUGCUGGGUAUUGCAAGACGAUCCUGUGGCCCGUGUUCCACUACCAGAUUCCUGACCACCCAAAGAGCAAGGCUUACAAGGACGAUUCAUGGAAGUUUUACAAGAAUGUCAACCAGGCGUUUGCUAACAAGGUUAUCGACAACUACAAGCGAGAAGAUAUCAUCUGGAUCCACGACUAUCACCUGCUUCUCGUGCCUGGCAUGAUUAGAGCCAGACUUCCAGACGUUCAGAUUGGCUUCUUCCUUCACGCUGCGUUUCCGUCCUCCGAGGUCUUCCGGUGUUUGGCAUCUAGGAAGGAGCUACUAGAGGGAAUGCUUGGCGCAAACCUAGUCGCCUUUCAAACGCAUGAGUACGCACACCACUUCUUGCAAACAUGUAGCCGAAUUCUAUCUGUAGAGGCCACCGAAGAUGGCGUUCAGCUUGAAAACCACUUCGUCAAUGUGUGGUCACUGCCGAUUGGCGUUGAUCCUAAAGAUAUGGCUAUUGAACGCGAGAAUCCGGAAGUCCACGAGUGGAUUAAGUCAAUGCAAGAGCGCUACAAGGGAAAGCGUCUUAUUGUUGCCCGUGACAAGCUCGAUUAUAUUCGUGGAGUGAGACAGAAGUUGCUAGCCUUUGAGCUGUUCCUCAACAAAUACCCUGAGUGGAAAGACAAGGUGGUUCUGAUUCAGGUUGCAACCUCCGACCAGGAGAACGCUGAGCUAGAGAAGGGUGUAAAUGAGAUCCUAAAUCGAAUUGACACUCAACACUCUAGUUUAUACCACCAACCACUUGUCCUCCUGAAGCAGGAUAUUUCAUUCUCACAAUACGUAGCUCUUCUCACCGUCGCGGACGCCCUGAUGAUUACCUCUCUUCGCGAAGGUAUGAACCUUACCUGCCACGAGUUCAUUCUCUGCCAGGAUGGAAGGGCCAGCGACAAGAAAUACGGACCAGUUAUCCUCAGCGAGUUCACUGGUAGUGCUUCAAUAUUUGAGGGCAACGAGCUCGCCGUAAAUCCAUGGGACUACCAGAAUUGCUGCGAGGCGAUCAAGAUCGCGCUAGAGAUGACAGAAGAGGAGAAAGAGCGACGAUAUCGCAGGAUGCGAGAUGUAGUAAUGCAACAUUCGGCUUCCUAUUGGAUGAAGAAUCUCACCGCGCACCUCGCGAAAGUUCAUGAUGAGCACUACCGCCGCGACAUGCUAUCGAUUCCUCGUCUAUCGUACCCCAAAGUUAAAGACGAGUACGAACAAUCAAAAACUCGUCUUUUCAUUCUUGAUUACGAGGGUACAUUGACGUCAUACGGACCUGCUAAAGACACUGUCUUGACUAGCCCAGAUCGGGUCAUCGACGCUCUCAAUAGCCUCAUUUUAGACAACAAGAACCUCGUGUAUGUCAUGAGCGGAUGCACAAUGAAAGAGAUUGAGAGAACUCUCGGUACGGUCUCCAACCUCGGUCUGAUCGCUGAGAAUGGAUGCUGUCUCCGUCUCCCAAAUAGCGAUGAGUGGAUCGAAUUCCCAGACAGUGAGAAGACCACAAAGUGGAAGGAAGCUGUGAAGAGCAUCCUCCAAUAUUAUCUGGAGCGAGUUGAAGGCAGUUCAGUCCAGGAGCGCCAUUGCUCAAUCAUCUUCCACUACCAAAAGACUGACGAUGAUGGUGACGACGCCGCCGAAGCAUCAGCCCGACGAGCAGGAGACUGUGCGAACCAUAUCAAUGAUGCCUGUCAGACCCAGCGCGUCAAGGCUGUCCCUACCAAGGAUUCCGUCAUCAUUGAACCUGUGGAAUACAACAAGAGCACCGCGGCCACGCACAUCAUGAAGAACCUCGACAUGAAGAACCGCCCAGAGUUCCUGAUGGUCGUCGGCAAUGACCGCGAUGAUGAGGUGAUCUUCCGAUGGGCAAAGAACCUGAGUGAAUCUGGUGAAGUCAAGAAUGUCACCACUGUGAGUGUGGGAAAUCGCAACACGGUCGCAAUGACCACACUUACACAGGGUACUGUCGGCCUCCUUAACAUUCUGGGUAGGCUCGCAAAGCGCUCUGCAUAGUGGCGGCAGUAUUCUUCCCACAGCCUUUCUCCUUCGGAUCACAAGUGUAUAUAUAUUCUAGGGCCCAAGUCCUUUCCCUUCUACUUUAAGUUCAAUUUGGUACUAUACCACUGGGUUCAAAUGAAUACACAGGCAUACUACAUAGUAGCAAUGAUGGAGGUAAGAGGGUUCGGUUAG